UGACGGGGCCGGGGAGCGGCUCGGGGUCUCCCCGCUGCUGGAUGCGGGCAGCCCCCGGCGCCCCGCCGCGAUGGGCGAGUGGACGAUCCUGGAAAGGCUGCUGGAGGCCGCGGUGCAGCAGCACUCGACUAUGAUCGGCAGGAUCCUGCUGACGGUGGUCGUCAUCUUCCGGAUCCUGAUCGUGGCCAUCGUGGGCGAGACGGUGUACGAGGAUGAGCAGACCAUGUUCAUGUGCAACACGCUGCAGCCGGGCUGCAACCAGGCCUGCUACGACAAGGCCUUCCCCAUCUCCCACAUCCGCUACUGGGUCUUCCAGAUCAUCCUGGUGUGCACGCCCAGCCUCUGCUUCAUCACCUACUCCGUGCACCAGUCGGCCAAGCAGCGGGACCGGCGCUACUCCUUCCUCUACCCGCUGCUGGAGAAGGACGCCCGCAAGGCACGGAGCCUCAACGGGAUCCUGGUGCACAACCCCGAGGGCUCGGCCAAGGAGGAACCCGACUGCCUGGAGGUCAAGGAGCUGCCCAGCACCCCCCGGCGCCCGCCCAAGAGCGCCAAGGUGAAGCGGCAGGAGGGCAUCUCCCGCUUCUACAUCAUCCAGGUGGUCUUCCGCAACGCGCUGGAGAUCGGCUUCCUGGCAGGCCAGUACUUCCUGUACGGCUUCAACGUGCCGGGCAUCUUCGAGUGCGACCGCUACCCCUGCGUCAGGGAGGUGGAGUGCUACGUCUCCCGGCCCACCGAGAAGACCGUCUUCCUGGUCUUCAUGUUCGCCGUCAGCGGGAUCUGCGUCCUGCUCAACCUGGCCGAGCUCAACCAUCUGGGCUGGCGCAAGAUCAAGACGGCCAUCCGGGGCGUGCAGGCCCGGCGCAAAUCCGUCUGCGAGGUGCGCAAGAAGGACCUCUCGGCCCCGGCCUAGGUGCCACCGCUGGGGCGGACCCAGUCCAGCGAGUCCGCCUACGUGUGAGCCUGGGGCGGCCGGGCCUCCCGCGUGACAAGGCAAAUGCCAGUGGGUGCUUCUCGAGGCGCCCCUCCUGAUGGGGGGGGGGGGGCUCGGCUGGUGUGCGCCAAGGGCUGAAUGGGAGACACGACCCCCAAGGAUCCAGCUGGGGUGUUGGGGGGGCUCCCGGCUCCAGCUCGUUUAAAAAACGGUAUUUAUUGUUUCUUGGAGUCUUCCACCAUGGUGCAAGCAGGGGGGAGGGUUCCUGGAACUCCCCCCCGAAUCAGCCUUUUCCAGCCCUGGGAUC